AUGCGUCUCUCAAGCUUAAUUUCUAUCUUCGCAACAGUCACGGCAAUUGGAGUCGUGGACGCUGUUAGUCUCCCCCCUCAUGUGCCCAGAGAUGUCGUAGCGUUUCGCGAAACGCAUCCAUAUUCGGCUCCGGAUCAUAAAUGUAGGCGAAAAGUGACUAUCCGACCCUCAGCCCACGAGAAGGAUGAUGUGUCAGAAGAAUUCAAGAAGGGAAUUCUUAAAGCCAACAAUGGCGGUACACUCUAUUUGGCCAAGGGUAAGACAUAUGUGAUUGGCAAGGUUCUAGACCUGACUGGCUUGAACGAUAUUCAUGUUCAUCUGGAGGGUGAAAUCCGAUUCACAAAUGAUGUUGAAUACUGGCAAGAGAAUGCCUGGUAUCAUCCGUUCCAGAAGUCCAUAAUGUUCUGGAAAUGGGGAGGCAAAGAUAUCAAGAUAUACGGAGAUGGGGUAAUUGAAGGCCAAGGGCAACGGUGGUGGAACGAAUUUGACUGGGGCAUUGGCUCGAUUCUCAACCCCAAUAAUAAGUACUACAGACCGAUUCUGUUUUACGCUGAGAAUACUACCAAUCUGGAAGUCUCUGGCAUUCAUCUCAAGGAUUCGCCAUGCUGGAAUAACUUCAUCGUCAGCUCUAACAAUGUCCGUUACAACGAUGUGAUUGCAACAGCUCUUUCCAACAACGGGAGUGUUAUUCCCAAAAAUACCGAUUUCAUGAACACGAUGAAUACAUCGGGUGUGUAUAUCGAGAGGACCUGGGUAAACAUCGACGACGACUGUUUCUCUCCCAAGCCUAACAGCUCGAACCUUUACGUGAAUACCAUGUAUUGCAAUGGAACACACGGCCAGUCUAUGGGCUCUCUUGGCCAGUAUCAUGGAGAAGUUUCUAACGUACACGAUGUGCACAUCGAGAAUGUUUGGAUGAUGAAUGGAGAUUACUCCGGUGCUCGGAUCAAGGUCUGGGCCGGAAAAGAGGUUGGCACCGGCUAUGUCAACAAUGUUACCUUCAAGAACUUUUGGGUUGCUCGUAUGGACUAUGGAAUCUUCAUGGAUUCAUGUUACUUCAACAUUUCCACUGAGGAGUGCAACAAAUACCCAGCAGGGAUGGAUAUCACAAACAUACGCUUCGAAAAUUUCACAGGCUAUACCUCAGGUGUGUACGGGGAUGCGGUUGCUCGCUUGUCCUGCUCAAGCAGUGAGACAGCUAUUUGCGAGAACAUUACUGUCUCGGACUUCAAUGUGCAGUCACCAUGUGGCGGAAAGCCCGUGAUCAUUUGUGACGGAAUCGACAACGUCGGGGUUGACUGCGUUCCGUAUGAGCGCGAGGAGGCGCAAAACGCCCUCAAAGCCAAGUGCAAGACACCAAUCGCGGAUAUUAAUCUCAGCCCUUGGGGAGGUAGUCAUGUGAAGGGCAAGAAGGAUGCAUAUCAUCCUCUCUCACAUUACGUUACUUGA